GUGCGGAGGUGAGAAAGCCCCUUUCUGUGCAGGGAAACACCUCAAAUAGAGCCCACUGUCUAAAUCAUCAAGGACACACGAUAGUCCUUUUUUGGCAGCGUGAUCCCCAUUUAGUGAGAAGGGAAGGCGGGAGGAUAAAACUCCUAUCCUCAUGAGUUUGACUGCACAGAAACACAAACAGACCGUGAACUAUGUUGUUUGUGGAUUUCUCCGUCUGUCGAUCGUUGAUGCUUUGCUGUACCGGGAUGUGCGUGGCUCUGAUCCCUCUCUGUAAGCCCACAAAAACAGGAGAUCACCCCAUGACCAGCACAACAGAGACAGGAGACGGGUUAGAUGUAACAAAUGGAGCGCACACCUUAUCAACAAAGACCUCAUCAGGCUCCACAGUUUCACAACCCCUUCCUAACCUCUCACCAUGCUUUGUGGACGAUGUGGUUGCAGAGUUAUGUGACAGUGUUGGUGACAAUGGUGAACUCACAAACGACACCAUGACUCUGUUUGGAAUCUGCACAGGAUCUGAAAAUUCCUCAGCCUCACUUUUAACAGAGCUUGCCAAAGAAACCAGCAGAAACCAGAGAAAGGGCUUGGAGGUUUGGCAUCUAUCUGGAGAGCUCUUGUCAGAGGGAGAUGAGACAGGAUCACUCAAGCUGACCUUUGACCUCCCACAUUCUCAUUUGCUGAAGUCAAACCCCGUGCUGCUCUUAGAUUUUGAAAGUCCCCUUCCAGGAGCAAACCUGGAGGUUACUUUCACCAGCCGUGCACUGCAUCCUAGCACACAGACCGUGUGCAUUUCAGGAGAAACACAAUACAUAAUGCUGGCAGGAAAAGAAUCAGAGGGCAAAGUCCAGCGUAAAUGGAGGAUUUCUGCUGAGACAAAUCCCCCUGUUAUGAAGCAAAGGUUAAGAAACAUCUUUAUUGGUGGAAAAUCAGGAAGUAACUUCAGCAUGACUCCACUUCUGCUUUUCUCAAGGGAAAGAAGAACUGAAACAAGAUCUGCACAUGUUUCGGGUUCAUCCAUGACCUCCUCCUUCCUCUGUGAGCUGAGGCGGUUCCUUGGUGAUGUCCUGCCUCAGAGCCACCCUCCCUCCUCUUCCCUUCAGCUUGAAUCCUUACAGUCCCUGCCUCCCCUGACCCUUGGCCUGUCCUCUAGUGAGACCCUGCUGGCAGGACUGAUCAACUCCUCGGCCCUCACCAUCUUCUCCUUCUCCAGCUGGGGCUCCAGGUUUCAGGUGCAUCAUGGAGAGUUGUCCCUGUCUCCUGCGCUGCUGGAGGAGCUCAGGCAGAGGUUGGAGCAGGCUAUGGAGCAGAUAACGACAGUGAUAAGGGAGGAAGAUGUGGGUCACAGAGCCAUAGAGAAGCUGGGGAGGCUCAAAGAACACAGUGCAUUCCCAAAGACACAACCUGCAGCAGGAGAAAGCCAAUACUGUGCGUUCCUGCUGCUGAAGGCUCUGCAGACAGUGGCCCGAGCGUAUGAGGUGGAGAAGAGACUACGGGCCACCAGAGCUGGCCGCAACAACUCAAUGGGCAACGUCUGUAGGCUGAAAAGCCUCACCGUGUCCCUUGAAAGAACUCUAGUGGGUCCAAACACUGCGAACAUCAACAACUGCCAUGGCUCCUGUGCCUUCCCCCUGGUCAACACCAACAACCACGCAGUUCUGCUCAACUUCCACAUUGAGAGCGGGAAUGUGGACGAGCGGGCGCCAUGCUGUGUGCCAGUGGCCUACGAACACCUGGAGGUGGUCGACAUGAACCAACAUGGGACUUACCUCUCCAUCAAACCAGAUGUGGUGGCGAAGGAGUGUGGCUGCCGCUAAAGCAGUUUAACUCUAUAUCUGUGCACAGUCACUGAGCCUGUUUUGUAAGGGAAAACUGUCAUCAAUGCUGCUCUGAUGGGAUUUAUUUAUUCACACAGAAGUCAUAGUAGCAGAUGUUUAUUCAAUUAGGUUGCUUUAAGCUAUGUACUCAGACAAUGAAUUAUUUGUAGUAGAGGCACGCUGCACAGUAUUCUGCAUGAUAAAAAUAUGACAACUGAAUUGUAGAUCAAAAUAGGUCUUUGUCUUCAACAGAAGUUGCAAAUCCUUCAUUUUCUCAAUCAAAGAAGUAAUCUGAACAAAAAUAUGUUUAUGACUCAAAAAAAAGGUGAGGUUUUACAUUCUGUGUCUUCUUCAACUCUUGAAAUUGAAUUAUAUUGCUGACUUUAUAGUGUCCUUUCAUUUAGAAACCAGCUGCUUUUUUGAUCCUUCAUUUGUUCAAUAAACAUUGUAUCUAGAUCAUUCUUUAA